UUUUGAAUGUUAAAACUGAAAAUUGUUUUCUCCGCCUUCAUUACCAUGCUCUUUGUAAUCAGCUCCCCUCGCCUUCUCUCUCUAAUCAAACCUCCACCAUUUUUCUCUCUGCAAAACCUUGGUUUCUCCCCGAAGAAUCUCUGCCUAUCAACGCGAAUGGAGUCAGAAUCAUCCACAAAGCUCAUGCUUUGCGGGAAGUCGGCUGCGGAGGAUGAAUUGGCGCGGUGCUUGAAGGCGAACAACGCUUUGAAGCUCCCCGAUGGAUCUCCGGUGACUGUCUAUUUGCAUUCGGAGAGUGACAGAGCUGGUAAUGAUAACGACGAUGUUUUUCGUGUGAAUUCGUACAUGAAUUCUAUCUCGACUUCUCGUUUCGGAAGGCUGCUGGUUUACUCUCCACGAUUAGCUUCCACGCAUGAUGUUGUUGCCAAUAAUUUUGGUGAAUUGCCUAUUGGCUCUGUGUGUGUUGCUGACGUGCAGCUUAAGGGCAGAGGCCGGUCGAAGAAUGUGUGGGGGAUUAUCCUUUCUACUAAUUCAAAUUUGAGAUGUCACGGAAUGCCCUCUCUAGAUGUCCGGAUAAAGUGGCCAAAUGAUCUAUAUUUAGAUGGUCUUAAAGUGGGUGGCAUUUUGUGCACAUCAACGUAUAAGUCCAAAAAGUUUAAUAUCAGUGCUGGAAUCGGCUUGAAUAUUGAUAAUCAAAAACCGACAACAUGCUUGAAUGCUGCUCUGCAGAGGUUGGGAUAUGCUGCGAAUCAAUUGCAACGUGAAGAUAUCAUAUCAGCUUUCUUUAAUAAAUUCGAGGUCUUUCAUGAUAUGUUCCUCAGCCAAGGCUUUCAAGCACUGGAGAAUCUCUACUACAAAACAUGGCUUCACAGUGGACAGCGAGUUAUUGUACAGGAAAAGAAUGAGAGCGAAGACCAAGUUUCUGAAAAUGUUGUCACAAUCCAGGGAUUGACUCCUUCUGGAUAUUUAUUGGCUGCCACUGAUGAUGGUCAGAUAUGUGAGCUUCAUCCAGAUGGAAAUAGUUUCGAUUUCUUUCAAGGACUGGUCAGAAGGAAAUUGGCUUGAACAAGUUUCAUUCCUAUAAAGGAAAAAGGAGGACAUCAGCAUCUUCUCCAUGUUGGCCUGGCUUUUUUGACGAAAAAGGACAAGCUUUGAUUUUGAAUCAUUAGUUCGAAGAAGACAUGCAACUCAACAGGAUCGACUUUUUGCUUACUUCUUUCUUUAUUAUUUUUUAUAUCUGUAUAAAAUGUCUUGUUUUAAUUUAGCUACUAUAUUUUAAAUUUUAAUGGCACUACUAUGUUCAUUAUAAAUUUAUCAUAGUAACCUCAUAAAUUAAUAUCGAAAAUAAAUUUAAUUACAUUUUAAAUUUUA